AUGCACAGAUUUAUUUUGUUCUCAGUCCUGGUUCAAGCACUCGUUCAGGCGGUGCCGUUGAUAUUCCACGAGGAAACGACCGAGUACGGCAUUGACGACCCAGACCCGCGGAGCAAGGACAUCAUAGACUUGAGCUUCUAUGGCAGCAGCUUGCUUGGCAAGCCGGAUGAGGAGCAAACAGGCGCUCUGGUCGGCAAUUUCAGUGCCGACACUGAUGAGGUGAAUCCCGAGGAGCUGGGCAGCUAUCUUGAGGGAGAUAUGCUCGUGCCAGAGACAGCGAUUACUAUGAAAAAUGGACUCAUCACACAAACUUCACGCUGGCCCGGCGGUGUGGUGCCGUACAAGAUACGAGGCACCUUUAAUGCAUUGGAAUUGGCUGUCAUUCAAGGCGCCAUCGAGGAGUACCACAGGCGCACGUGCAUCAGAUUUGUGCCGCACAAGGGCGAGAGGGACUACAUUUCUAUUAUAAACGAUUUCUCGGGCUGUUGGUCAGCAGUUGGUCGCGUAGGUGGGCAGCAGAAAAUUAAUUUGCAAACACCUGGAUGUCUGGGACGACCCGGCACAGUGCUCCACGAGCUGAUGCAUGCAUUGGGCUUCCUGCACGAGCAGAGCCGCAAGGAGCGUGACGACUACGUGGCUAUCCAGUACAUGAAUGUACGCUGGAGAGCUCUGAGAAACUUCAGGAAAGUGGACAAUACCGAAGCAUUCGGAGUACCCUACGAUUAUGGUAGCGUAAUGCACUAUUCAAAAAGAGCCUUCUCCUUCAAUGGCCAACCGACUAUUGUGGCCAAGCAAGCGGAUGGCGCUAACCGAAUGGGUCAGCGUUUAGGAUUUUCCGACUUGGAUAUAGAAAAAUUGCAUCGGAUGUACGAUUGCGGUGCUCAGGAAACAACAGUGCCUGCAACAGAGGCUGAGGCCUCCACCACAGUCUCUGUGAAUUCAACAGCAACUACGACAGCUACUAGUCCUAAUCCUGAAGUUGAGGGUUUCAACAGCACUCUGUCGGGUCUUGUAGAUGGCCAAAAGGAGUUGGGUAGAGCAACGGAUCAGAGAUUAUAA